AUGCGCAGUGCCACUCCGUCCGCCUCGGUAAGGGUGUAGAUCCUAGCUCGCGCUGGAACACGGGAACAGCGAAUAGAUACAGUAUUCUUACAUAUAAAAAAAAAACAUAAAAAGAAACGGAUGUGCCUCCGAAAACGAAACGGAUACCGUCCUCCUGACAAUUUUAAUGCAAAAAUUGAGAGGUCCGUGGCCAAAGGGGGGAUGACAUGCGUGUUCCCAGGCUGUUAACAUCGCUGAGGAUUAUAAGACUAUUAGACUGCCAAGAGCUGUCAAGCCAUGAUGGACAUACUGUACACAGGCCCUGUCCCGGCAGACGGCGAGUCUCCUGUGGCUGUCAGCGAGAUGCCGCCCAGCCGGGCUCGACGGCAGACCAACACACAGAGACCGAACACAUGCUGCUUCUGCUGGUGUUGCUGCUGUAGCUGCUCAUGUCUCACCGUUAGGAAUGAAGAGGACAGAGGUAGGAAAUCCCUGGAGACACGCCUGGAGACCUUUCAAAACUGUGAAGAUUGCACCAAACCAACAUUAGAUGAGAUAAGUGUCUGGGCUCAGUCGUUCGAUAAGCUGAUGAAGAAUCCUGCAGGUCGGAACGUGUUCAGGGAGUUCUUAAGGACUGAGUACAGCGAGGAGAACAUGUUGUUCUGGCUGGCCUGUGAAGACCUCAAACAGGAGAUGAACAAGAACACAGUGGAGGAGAAGGCACGCAUGAUCUACGAGGACUACAUCUCUAUCCUGUCCCCCAAAGAGGUGAGUCUGGACUCCCGGGUGAGAGAGGUGAUUAACAGGAAGAUACAGGAGCCUACUCCCCACACAUUUGAGGACGCCCAGCUUCAGAUCUAUACCUUAAUGCACAGAGACUCCUAUCCUCGCUUCCUCAACUCGUCUAUAUACAGAUCACUGGUUCACCAUGGCUCCCACACCUCCUCAGAGUCCUAGGUUCACAACAUUUCACUCACUCACACACACUCCUCGCUCUCUCUCUCUCCCUCUCAGACUCCUCUCUCCCUCUCCCUCUCUCCCUCUCAGACUCCUCUCUCCCUCACCCUCACAUUCAUCUAUCUCUCUCUCU